AUGACACCCGUGCCGAAGCCCCAUCUUAGCGCGUGGGGUCCAGCGCAGAUGAGCCAGCCCUUCAAGAAAAUGCCGCGCGCCGAGGCCUAUGCCCUACGGCGGCAAAUCCGGAUUUUGGGGCCCAGCACUUACUUGCUAGCUGAUCACGGACGGGCGGAUCACCCCGCUUCAACCUGCCGUGGUGCUGCUACCGUGGUGCUGUCGCCCAGUGGCUCCGGGGCCUUGCGUGCUGCCUCAGACAAGUCUUUCAGGGGCACGCCGCGACGUUUGACCAUUUUAGGCGGCCGCCUGCAUAGGACUGGACAGGACCAGUCCCUGCAUGCAGUGGGCUGGUGCUGCGACUUUGGAGCUGGGCCUUGGAGGGGGUGGCCGGCUCCGUGGCCGCAGACAGCACGACGACGCACGACCUCCCGCGCCCCCAAGCUUCAAGCUCCGUUGGGCCUUGUUCCUGGGCAGCGUGGUAUUAGUCCUGGGGUCUUGGGUGACAGGGCUCUGCAGCGGUCUAGCCUUGUACACCAAUGCUAUGAGCCUAUGGCACAUGUUGGGAGCAGUAGAAGGGAUGACACACCAGAAUGGGACCUUGUGGUAAAGGCCACCGAGGAAAAUCUCUUUUCCUCGUGUCCCAUUGCUUACAUGAGCAAGAAGGAUCGAAAGACGGUCGGGGAGGGGAGGCCAGCGGAUGUAACGUCAGUCAGCGUGUUUGGGGUGGAGGAUCGCGUGCAUUAUGCUUAUUGGCCCCUACUACCCUAGGGUGCUCUGCCAUGAACGACUCGAUACAACGUGGGGCCGUUAGCUGAGGGUUCGCAACUGCAUGACCAGUGAUGUUAUCGAUCUGUACGUGAGGGACGCAAUAAUAGCAUGUGCGUGGUAAGCGAUGAGUAAAAAAAGCCCAAGCUGCUCAGCUGCUGAGCAGGCGGGUCGCACGCCAGUCAUCCAUCCCAAAGUCGUCCCAAUCAGCUCGAAGAUGAGCGCAGCGGGUGAGCAAUGUGGACACACACACGCGUUCGGCGGCAAGUACGGGUCAGAGUGGACGUAUCCGGGCGGGCGUGUCAGCGUCGUUGAGAGUUGAGAGCUGGGUUCGCGCAGGGGAUCGGCGGAAUUGCCAGAGUUGCUUGAUUCAACCAUGCGAUGCGAGAUGGGGCGAACGGUGGGAACGUGCUCGACAGCAGAGUGCGAUUCGGAACGGUGGGCGUGGGCGGCGUGGGCGGCGUGGGCGGCGUGGGCGUGGUGGGCGUGUGUGCCUGUGGGGAUGGAGACGGCCGGAGAUGGGGCAGCGGCAGCUGGAACAGGACUCUGCAGCCGAAAUCGACGAGCAUCGCAUCAUGAGGUAAUCUCAGGGUCUGGCGUCAGCCCUUCUGGUCCAGCCGGUCCAGCCUGUCCAGCCUGUCUGCCUGUCUGCCUGUCCGGCUCUUUCCCAGGGCUACCAGGGUCGGCCAGGUUGGUGAUGAUAUGCGCCCUGCCCUCAGGCAAUGCAACUAAGGCCAGCCCGAUUUGAUAAUUACAGCGUGGUUUCAUCGCGGUGGAGAUAGCUCGGGGUGUUCCAAGGCGGCUUGGGAACGCUGCGGCGAUGCUCGAGGGACCAGGCAACCAGGGCUGCCGCUGGCAGGACGGUGGGGGGGAGAGCCCUCGCAGGCUCGCACCCAGGAGCCUAGAGGGAAAUAUUCCCGCAGGUUCAGACUAGCCAUGUGGUUGGCAGGCAUUGGGGAAGCCACCUGGUGACAAUUAUCAGAUUGUCGGCCAGAACGCAGGAGAUUUCCGGGCUCGAGGGCGGCGUGCCAAGGCGAGUCAGAAGCAGUUAAAAGUCCAGGGCCCCAGAGAAAUCAUAAUCCCGGCCCGUCCAGCGUUGCACCGAGAGCUGAGGUAUUAUGGGGCCUCGGACGGGCACUUGAACUGUGGGCUCGAGCUGGACUACUGUAAGAGGAAUGGAGGACAGGGGCGAGGUGACAUU